AUGGAUGUCGAAAGUGAAAAGAUUGUUGACAUGAAACUUGUACAGAGCAAUGAAGUGGGUGGGAGCUACCAAAUGGAAAAAGAAGGACUGCGGCAAAGUCUAGAUUUCCUGGAGGCCAAAGGUCUAAAGACAAGAUCUCUUACACAUAAUGAGAUAGAAGAGUUACGUGAAGCUUUUGUGGAGUUUGAUAAGGACAAUGAUGGUUUAAUUAGCUGUAAGGAUCUGGGGAACCUGAUGAGGACCAUGGGUUACAUGCCAACAGAAAUGGAGCUGAUAACCAUAGGGAAACACAUAAGACUUAACAUGGGAGGAAAGGUGGAUUUUGAAGAUUUUGUGGAACUUAUGACCCACAAGCUUCUGGCUGAAACUGCUGGGAUGAUUGGGUUAAAGGAACUAAAGGAUGCUUUUAAAUAGUUUGACAUUGAUGGUGAUGGUGUCAUCACUUCUGAGGAGCUGAGACUCGCCAUGGUGAAGUUGUUAGGAGAACAGACCAGCAAAAAUGAAAUAGAUGCAGUGGUGAGAGAAGCUGACAACAACGGAGACGGAACAGUUGAUUUUGAGGAGUUUGUGAAAAUGAUGUCACAGAAGUGA